AUUCAGACAUACAUAUAAGCCAAGUUGUACGAGUGGCAAGUCUAGAACUUCUGUUUCAUUAUUAAGCUGCAUUUGUUAACUUCCAAGAUGCCUACCUACAAGCUGUACUAUUUUAAUGCAAAAGGGAAUGCAGAGAUUACCCGUCUGGUGUUUGCUGCUGCUGGUGUGGAAUAUGAAGACAUCAGAUUUAAAGACCGUGAUGAUUGGCUUAAUAACUACAAGCACUUAAGCCCCACCGGACAGUGCCCAUUCCUGGAUGUGGACGGGAAGAAGAUUGGUCAGAGUUUGGCUAUUGCGCGUCUUGUGGCACGAGAACACGGUCUUUAUGGUGAAAGUAACAUGGACGGUGCCAUGAUUGACCAGGUCCUUUACACUUUAGACGAUUUGACCAAGCCACUUAUCGACUGGCAUUUUGAGAAAGAUGAAGCAAAGAAGGCAGAGAAAGAAAAGAAGCUAGCUGAGGAAACACUGCCUGAAUCCAUGCAACGCCUUGAUAAACUUUUAAAAGGCAAUGGCAGCAAAGGAUACUUUGCAGGAAACAAGCUCUCCAUUGCCGAUCUAGCAGUCUUCAAUCAAUGUUCAGGGCUGGUGGUAAAGUUCCCCAAGUGCAUGGACAAAUGCAAAGAAUUGCCAGCAUUCAUUGACCGCAUUAAAGCUCUCCCAAAGAUAGCUGAUUGGUUAGCAAAGAGACCGCAGACAGAUUUUUGAAUUUUGUUUGAACAAACUGCAUUGUCACUUGUGACCUACCCGCUGUCUCACAAACUGUUCCGUUAGGCUUUGGGCCUUAACCCAUCUUUUGGCAAAUUAUAACAAAAAAAAAAAAAGGGACAACUGUUGAUAGCAAUUUUCUUUUUUUACUAUUUUCAAAAACUGACCCCUAUGGAAAAUGGGGCGUAGUAUGGCAAUGAAUUGCAUAUCAUUAUCUAUCUUCCAACUUAACCAGCCACAGUUAUAGGAUUGGGACUUUUCCUUCUUAUAAUCUUGGAUGUGUAAAGAUUUAGUCAAUUUUUGUUAAAUAAAAAGGGAAGUGAAAUUGCUUAUAAUUUGAAAUGAAAAAGUCAUAUUUGAGUCCUGCUAAAAUUACAGAAUCUGAUAUAAUUGUCAUCUUAAAUUGUUGUCCCAAAUAGUAAAGUUGCUGUUAAGGUGCAAACAAUGUGAUUGUAAAAUGCAUUAAAACUUCAACAUUCCAAAAAUGGUUUUUAUUUUGCAUAAAUAAUCCUUGUCAUGGUCAUUGCUUUAA